UCCUCAGCUGACAGCACGCGUACACAGAAGAAGGAAAUGUAAACAAGCGAGCCAUUCAGCAACCGUGCUGUUUAAAGCAUUAGAUUCUUCCACUAAUAACACUUGGGAUAAAAGCUUGCUGUUGCUGAAUGCGCUCGACGGUAUGGCUUCGAGUUUCGCACCGCCGAAGCUCGCUGACUUUAUCCUCACCGAGAAACUCGGGAGUGGUACCUACGCGACUGUUUAUAAAGCAUACCGGAAGGUGGACAGUCGCGAGGUGGUGGCCGUAAAGGUGGUCUCGAAGAAGAGUCUGAACAGGACCUCAAUGGAGAAUCUACUCACUGAGAUCGAGAUCCUGAAAACCGUUCGCCAUCCCCACAUUGUCCAACUGAAAGAUUUUCAGUGGGACAGCGAGAACAUCUACUUGAUUCUGGAGUGGUGUUCUGGCGGAGACCUAUCACGUUUCAUCCGCAGUCGACGCAUCUUACCAGAAAGAGUGGCACGUCGGUUCCUACAACAAAUAGCAUGUGCCCUGCAGUUUCUGAAUGAGCGAAAUAUCUCUCACCUGGACCUCAAGCCUCAGAACAUCCUACUGAGUGGCAAUGUGCUAAAACUGGCAGACUUUGGCUUUGCCCAGUACAUGUCUCCAUGGGAUGAGCAGAGUGCUCUGCGUGGCUCUCCACUCUACAUGGCUCCAGAAAUGGUAUGCAGGAGGCAGUACGACGCUCGCGUAGACCUCUGGUCAGUGGGGGUCAUUUUAUACGAGGCCUUGUUUGGGCGAGCACCGUUUGCGUCCCGCUCAUAUGCUGAGCUGGAAGACAAAAUUCGCAGUGACAAACCUAUAGAGCUACCUGUUGGUGCUCGUGUAUCCAGAGACUGCAGAGACCUGUUGCUGAGGCUGCUGGAGAGAGACCCGGCCACUCGCAUGUCCUUUGCUCAGUUCUUUAGCCACCCCUUCGUGGACCUGGAGCACAUGCCCAGCAACGAGAGCUUGGGGAAGGCGAAAGCGCUGGUGCUUCAGGCAGUGCAGAAAGACCAGGAGGGCGAGCGAGCGGCUGCUCUGUCCCUCUACUGCAGUGCACUUGAGCAUUUUGUCCCCGCCAUCCACUAUGAAGCCGACAGACAGAGGAAGGAGGCACUGAGGCAAAAGGUGAAGCAGUAUGUCUCCCGUGCGGAGGAGCUGAAAGCCCUGGUGGCCUCUGAUAACAAAAUCAGCUUUGAGGAGGGCAGCUCUGCAAGAGACAUACUCAGAGAGAUGUCACGGGACCAGCCCCGUCUGCUGGCAGCGCUGGAUCUUGCUUCUGCGGCCAUAGCUAGAGAGGAGAUGGGUGAGGAGGACUAUGACACACUGGACUUGUACCAACAAAGCCUGGGAGAGAUGCUGUUGGCACUUGCAGCUGAACCCCAGGGCCGCAAGAGAGAGCUGCUGCACAGUGAGAUUAAAAGUCUCAUGACCAGAGCGGAGUGCCUGAAGGAGAACAUGAAGAUGCGCGAGACGAAGACUGAUGUGUCAUUGGACAGAGAGCCGCUGUCUGAGUCUGUUAGAACAUCCUGCUGUCUCCAGUGAACAAAGCCUCUUCGCCAUGGUGACGGGAACACUCGGGACGGACGGAAGUGACAUCACCUCAAGCCUCAACCUAUCCUGGAUCUCAGUCUGGUUUUUGGACACCACCAGGCCUGCCUCUCCGACCCACUGGGGUUCUCUCUUCUUCGGGAAGCACUUACUAUGAAUAACUGUGGACCAGAUUUGGUUUAGUUUAGGACUCUGGCUGGAUUGAUGUCCAUGGUUUAGUAUUACGCUCCGGUAUCUUGAUGAGCGCAAACUCAAACUGUCUUGUAAACAUGCUGUCUGCUGUUUAACGAGGCUUUUUUACUGUAAGUUAAGCAAGAGGGUGGGAGUCCUGCUUAAGGGUGCAACGCAUCUAAACAGAAAGGGAAACUACUUCAGUAGAUUUAAUGAAUGUUUAGAGAUGGUUGGAUCUUACACACACACACACACACACACCCAGGUCUCUAGGUCUCUCAAUCAUUAUACUGUAUACUGUACACAUACAUGCACACAUAAACUUCUCUCCCCCUUCAGUUGCAUACUCCCUCUCUCUCUUCCUCUCUCUCCCUCUCUCUUGCUCUCUCUCUCACUCACACACACACACAUUCACAGAAACAAACAACUCUCUCUCACACACACACACACACACACACUCAGCUGCGGCCCUCACCGCAGGCCGUGGCCACACACUCUCCACAGAAUGCUGGAGCUCCCCUGCUGCGGAUGGAAAAGCGCAGGGCUGCGGCUUUGGCCCGCGUUCCCACCGCGCUGGGGUUUGCUUUGGGCUGGCACACAUCAAGCACGCCAGCGGACCCACAGGGAAGUGUGUGAGUUCACUCAGCUUGUUUACGGCCUUGCUCACACACACAAAGCCCAGACAUUUUGUGGAGAGUUUACAAGCGGUGGUCCUUAGUCACUGGUCAGAGUUGUGUGUGUGUGUGUGUGUGUCGGAGAGAGUAUUCGUAUAGAAGUAAGAGUGGGAGAGAAAAAAUGUCUUUGAAAUAAAAAGAGGGUAAAAAGGUGUGUAUGUGUGCAAGAGAGAGAAAUAAGUGUUUUAAUUACUUGGAAUGACUUUGUCACUUUUUCUUUUCCGUCUCCUAUAGUGUUGAACCGGAAGGGAAUUUUCAGUGUUUAUGAUGUGAUAAAACAACAGUGAUUGAUGGGAGAUAUAAUGAGGAUGAGUGAGCAGGUUGUGAGAAGUUGCAAAUGCCUCAUAUUUUAGUGCUUUGAGUUUUAAUGAGCACUUUCCAAGGUAGUUAUCCUUAAUUGCUGUACUUGAUCAUUUUAUAUGGAUUUGUAAUUUAUUUAUUGAAUUGCUUGUCUGCUAUUAAAUUCAUGGAAAAUA